UUUGUGAUUUAUUUUAUUCUUCCGUCAUUUUUAAGGCAUUUAUUUUUACUUUCUCUUUGUACUCAAGUGAACAUUAUAUAUCAGUGAAUAUACUCCCGUUGUACUCUUGUAUCAGUCCGCGACCUGACGGAAACAGGAAUAUGGGAAAUAAUGGAUGUGUGCGUGCAUUGUCUUCAUAGUGACUGCUUACAUGUAAUUUUUCUGAUUUAGCAAUGCACGAAAACCACGGAUGUUUACACGGCCCACAUGUUUGCGUCCAUGAUGGUUAUUUGAAUGAAGUGAAUGAGAGGAGAAGCCAAACGUGUGCAGCGAAAUAUUGCAUGGCUGCAAGAUUCGUCUGUAGGCUCGGAGCCUACCUGUGACAAGAGCAGCCAUUUGCAGUGCUAAUCCAUUUAGUACGGUUUGAGUGUUACCCCACAGAAUGCAGAGACGUGAAACUAGGAAUAGGGAAAUGGACAAAGAUUUGCGAGAAGAAGCUGCAAAGAGGGUAUCACGUACGAGUACAGGAGGUACGAGAACUAGCAUGCAUACUAGCAAACACAGUGUCUCCAGCAGUUCGGGUCUGUUGAUGGUUGGCCCAAACUUCAAAGUUGGGAAGAAAAUAGGAAGUGGAAACUUCGGAGAGUUACGGCUAGGGAAGAACCUGUACAACAAUGAGCAUGUGGCCAUCAAAAUGGAACCAAUGAAGUCAAAAGCACCACAGCUGCAUCUGGAGUACAGAUUCUACAAACUACUCGGAUCUCAAGAAGGCAUCCCGCAAGUGUACUACUACGGGACGUGCGAUGGCCGCUACAAUGCCAUGGUGAUGGAACUGCUGGGCCCCAGUCUGGAGGAUCUCUUCGUUCUUUGUAACCGCAAAUUCUCGCUGAAAUGUGUUCUCAUGAUAGCCAAACAGGUGCUUCAUAGGAUAGAGUAUGUACAUAGUCGACACCUGAUAUAUAGAGAUGUCAAACCUGAAAACUUCCUCAUAGGACGUAGUACUACAAAGAAGGAUAAAGUUAUACAUAUUAUAGAUUUUGGCUUAGCGAAGGAGUAUAUAGACUUAGAAACCAACAAGCACAUACCAUAUCGGGAACAUAAAAGUCUAACUGGAACUGCAAGGUAUAUGAGCAUCAACACACAUUUAGGCAAAGAGCAAAGUCGUCGAGAUGACCUUGAAGCCUUGGGUCAUAUGUUCAUGUACUUUCUCCGAGGAAGCCUUCCUUGGCAAGGGCUGAAAGCUGAUACCCUUAAAGAGCGCUACCAAAAGAUUGGUGACACAAAGAGGGCCACACCAAUUGAAGUGCUCUGUGAGGGUCACCCAGAGGAAAUGGCGAUGUAUUUGCGCUAUGUACGAAGGCUGGACUUCUUUGAAACUCCCGACUAUGAGUACCUUAGAAAAUUAUUCCAGGAUCUCUUUGAACGGAAAGGCUAUGUGGAUGAUGGAGAAUUUGACUGGACGGGAAGAACAAUGCCUCCUAACUUUCAAGCAUUGCGACAAAUCAGGAAUGCUCCGCCUUCUCACAUUGGGAAAACUAAAUCUGAUAAGUCUACACCUGUUGGGUCCCUACAGACAGGCCAUGAAAUAGUGGUAUCGCCCAACAGAGAUCGCCAUGCAACGGCCAACAAGGAUGGAGAUUAUGAUGAAUAUGAGGACGAUGACAGUGUUUUAAUAUUUGAGGGUGGAGGAAAAGGUGUACCUGCGUGGCCCGAUGUGCCAAAGCAGCAAAGUAAUGCAAUGGGUAACCUUACUCCAGCAGACAGGCAUGGGGGAUCAGUACAGGUUGUGAGUUCAACCAAUGGUGAGCUGGCCAAUGAUGAUCCGACAGCUGGUCAUUCCAAUACACCUAUCACUGCGCAAGCGGAAGUUGAAAUAGUUGAUGAAACAAAAUGUUGCUGCUUCUUCAAACGGAAGAAGAAGAAGUCUGGCCGACAGAAGUGACUAGCGGUGGUACAGUGCAGCCCAGAACGUGAGGCAGUGACACUGCUACGUGCCACCUCCCAUUCAAACUCACGUGACAGUAUGCUGAACGGUAGCUGCCCAGCUGUGCCAGCAGGCUCUGCAUGAGCCACUGUGCCCUGGCACUGCUUUGUCACACGUGUGUGUGUGUGUGUGUGUGUGUGUGUGUGUGUGUGUGUGUGUGUGUGUGGGUGCGUGUGCGCGCGCGUGUGUGGGCACUUGCUCACACUCGCACCUUUUUCAGAUGCUUGUGUGCAAACAUCUAGGUGCAGAUGGUUGCGUCCAUGCCAUUAUGUGCACCGAUUAUGCUGAUGGUCCAGCUGACACUGGAUUGAUGUGAAAGUAUUGUUUUCUUUUGUUAGUUAAGUGAUGAAUCAUCCCGGAUAUAUAUAUAGUCUUCAACUUAAUGUGGAAAUCUAUCUUAAUUUAUAUUUGUACAUUUUUGUUUACUUUGUGCCCUCCAUAAAUCUUGCAUGAAACCUUACAUUCUGUAAUUGCAGUAUCAUGUUUAUAGUACUGUGGCAACAACUUUCUCUCACCAUUAGGUAAUAUUGUUUCCAAAAUAUUACAGCUGAUGCUACUCGUAAUGCCUUUGUAAACUAUUUUAUUCUCAUUUUAAAGAUGUGAGGCAAUUUUGUUGCUGUUGUACUAGUAUAAUUGCUUCCAAAAAGUGUAACUUCAUGAAAAGUGAUAUGCCGUUUCAUUUUUUACCAUCUUUUAUGUAAAAAAGAAAGAAAAUGCUUUCAGUAACAGAAAAAUCUGGACCUGAAACUGUUGUUAUUGCUAAUUGUAUGUCACACCUUGCAAAUCUGCCACAGAAGCAUGUAAAACCCCUAUAUGUAAUGCACAAAUUGACCACUUCGAUGAAUUUUGGUAGUGUUAAAUUAUUUUUGCAGAAUAUAAUCAUUUCAAGAUGUUCCUAGGUACCAGAAAAUAAAAUUUUUGUGGAUAUGUGUUUAUGAAAAUAUCAGAAAUGCAUACCAAUGUGAAUGAAAAACACUGUCAUUGUCAGACACAUUUAUAACAGGUGUCUAGUUUAUGGAAGUACCUCUGAUGGUGAAAUGAAUUCUUGUAAGUGUAAGUUUACUAAUUGGUUAUUGGUUUUGUGUCAGGAAAGUUGCAAAAAUUACAGUUGACUUGAAAGGAUAUGGCCUUUGUUAUCUAAGUAACACCAAGAAUUAAAUUUUCACUCAUGGAAUUGUAAUUUAGCAGCCUGUUCAUUGUCUGAAGAAAGAGGAAAAACAGGCUGUAGUAACCAGUUAGAAUGCUCGUGAAUCAUCUGAAUUAUAUUCAGAAUUUUAUGAUUAGUUCAAUGCAUCUGACCUGUAGCCCAUCAUCAUCCUAUCCCAACUUGCUCUCCCAAAGGUAUAUGCACUGAGUUGUUGUUGUCAAGGCGUAACAAUCUUUAGUGUCAGUGAUACGGCUACCACUUGUGACUCCAUACAUUUAAAGAACAGUUUGACUCAAUCAGUUAUACAUGAUUAUGAGACAUUUUUACAGUGAGGUGUCAAUAAUAACAAGAAGUCUACUUUGCAUUAUUUGCAAAGAUAAGUGCUGUGACUGGACCACCAAACUCCCAUCAUAUUUGUGUUUGGCUUAUAUUUUCAGAAUCUUUCCAAAAAGCUGUGUGUUACUUUUCUUUUCAGCCCUCAUGUUUUUCAUUUCAUACUCCACCUCCUGCCCUCCCUUCCUUCCUUCCCUCCCCCUCCCCCCUCUAAUUAAAAAAUUGUUCCAUUUUAAUUGUAUAUAAUUUAUUUUUAUUUUUAAAAUGUGAAGAGGACAGAUGUAUACUUCAUAUAGAUAACUGCAUACUUUGUUCCCAUUGUUAAAUGAAUGGGUUGUGAUUUGUUUUGUGUAGUUUCUGUAUAUAAUGGUUAUUCCAUCUGCAACACAUACGAGAAAAUAAUAAAAUAUUGCGUAAUUUUGUUUUAAA